AGGUUUAGCGUCAACCCGCAUCCCAAACAGAACCUCUUUUCUCACAGCUAGGUUUUGUUCUCGUCUAGCGAACAGAACACCUACUGUGCUGCUCCUUUGUUCUACUCUUUCCAUCCCCGCAGUUGCAGAGACAUUCACUUAGAGAGAGAGAGAGAGAGAGAAUGCUGGACAUCAAUCUCUUCAGGGUAGAGAAAGGCGGCAAUCCCGACGUUAUCCGUGAAUCUCAACGGCGUCGUUUCGCCAACGUCGACCUCGUCGACGAGGUCAUCAAGCUCGAUAAAGAAUGGCGUCAACUUCAAUUCGAGGUCGAGAAUCUUCGCAAGGAGUUCAACAAGAUCAACAAGCAAAUCGCUCAACUUCGAAUUGCGGGUAAAGACACCACCGAUAUGAUUAAGAAUACAGAGGAAAAUAAGAAGUCGGCAGCAGAGAGAGAUGCCGAAGUUCGGGAAGUUUUAAAACAAUUGAAUUCAAAAUUGGAAACAAUUGGAAAUCUCGUUCAUGAUUCAGUUCCAGUCAGUAACGAUGAGGCAAACAAUGAGGUGAUCAGAUCAUGGGGUGAGAAACGGUUGGAACCAAAAUUAAAGAAUCAUGUCGAGCUUGUUGAGCUCCUUGGGAUUGCAGAUUUGAAGAAAGGUGCUGAUGUAGCUGGAGGUAGAGGUUUCUACUUGAAAGGAGACGGAGUGCGUCUUAAUCAAGCUCUGAUUAACUUUGGUCUUGACUUUUUGGAGAAAAGAGGAUAUACAGCAUUGCAGACUCCAUUCUUUAUGAGAAAAGAUAUCAUGGCAAAGUGUGCUCAAUUAGCACAAUUUGAUGAAGAACUUUACAAGGUAACGGGUGAGGGAGAUGACAAAUAUCUGAUUGCUACAGCUGAACAGCCACUUUGUGCGUAUCAUUUGGAUGAUUGGAUCCAUCCUUCUGAACUACCCUUAAGAUAUGCUGGAUAUUCAUCCUGCUUUCGUAAAGAAGCUGGUUCACACGGUCGAGAUACUCUGGGAAUAUUCAGAGUUCAUCAGUUUGAGAAGGUGGAGCAGUUUUGCCUUACUGACCCAGAUAACAAUGAAUCCUGGACAAUGCAUGAGGAAAUGAUCAAAAACUCCGAGGAUUUCUACAAGAUGCUAAACAUCCCCUAUCAAGUUGUUGCUAUUGUUUCUGGUGCCCUGAAUGAUGCUGCUUCAAAGAAGUAUGAUUUGGAAGGAUGGUUUCCUGCCUCUCAGACGUACAGGGAGCUGGUGUCCUGCUCAAACUGUACAGACUAUCAGUCCAGAAGGUUGGAGAUUCGAUUUGGGCAGAAAAAGAGCAAUGAGCAAGCAAAGAAAUAUGUUCACUUAUUGAACUCAACACUCACAGCAACCGAGAGAACAAUAUGCUCUAUACUUGAGAACUACCAGAGAGCAGAUGGUGUUGAGAUACCAGAAGCCUUGCGACAAUUUAUGAGUGGAAAGACCUUCCUACCUUUCAAGAACAAACCGGCUGAUGAAGCCAAAGGGAAGAAACCGAAGGCCUAGUUUAUUGCUUUACUAAGCUUUGACUGAGAUAUUAUCCACGCCACUCUCUUUCUUCAAAAAAGGCAAAAACAAAUGCAUGUAAACGCCACUAAAUUAUAUCGUUUUAAUGCAUUUUCAGAAAUUGGAAAACAUUUUUUAACCAUUUUCUUAAAAUUUUAUUUUAUAUUUUGGCAUUGUCUUAAAGUUGAUUUUAUGAGUGUUUGUAUUAUUUGAGUCCGGCUUGUAAAAUAUACAUGCAUUUUUCACCAUUGCUUAUGAGCCUUCACAGCCUUAAGAGUUAAUGAUUGGUGUGUAAAUAUGGAUUAGUUGGGGUUCUAUUGGUGUUUGUGCAAACAGGAUGAGUGCGAUCAUUCUUGAUAAGAACUCUUGGGAAGGUUGUGUUUGGGAUGGUGUGAAGAAAUCGAAUUGCCUUAAAUUGAUUGAACUUGGAAUUAGCAUGUUUCCAUUUUAAUUGUAA